AUGGCUCUAGUUACUGAUGCUACUGAUGUCAGAAGCUCUACAGUUUCUACCACCACUCAUGUGAUACAAUUUAGCCCCAUUGCUCAGUUACAUAUUAAACUACAAGGUAACCUCAAUUUCUCCAAUUGGAAAGCGCAACUUGUGAUGCUACUAAAUGGACAUCAACUCAGGGGACAUCUUGAUGGAACCACACCUGCUCCAUCACCUACUAUUACCCAAAAUGAUCUCAUUGUACCAAAUUCCAAGUAUCAGAUUUGGUUCUCUCAAGAUCAAUUAAUCCAACAAGCAAUGAUGGCAUCCGUCGAUCCUACAAUUGAUUCGAUUGUUGCAGCAGUACCAUCUGCUAACAAAGUGUGGGAACACCUUCACACAGCGUACGCCAACAAAAGCCAUACUCGCAUCUUUAUCUUGCGAGAUCAAUUGCAAAACACCAAGAAGAGUUCCAAAACCAUUGCAAAAUACUUAAAGGAAGUUCGUUCUCUUUCUGAUGCUCUCAAAGUUGCUGGUUCACCUUUCAAUGAAGAUGAACUUAUUGUCAAAAUUCUAAGUGGCCUUGGACUCAAGUACCAUGAAAUCUUUGUUGCGGUACGCGCACGAGACUCUUCUUUAAGCUUUGAAGAAUUAUUUCACAAGCUCACAGAUCAUGAGUUGUUCCUAAAACAUCAAGAUCUGGAAAAACCAUCCUCUAUGAUCACAUUUGUUGUUGCCCAAAAUUCCCACACGUCUCCACAAUUCAACGGGAACAAAACUCGCUUUAACAAUCAGUCAUGGAAAGCAUCGCAGUCUCAUGAAUGGAAUUCCAACAAUCAGCAAUUGAAUUCCAAUAAUCAGCAAAAUAGUAGACCAUCCAAGCAAUCUAAAUCAUCUGGAAACUCUUGCGUUCACCACUCUGGAUCAACUCACCAUGUCAUUUCCGAACCUCACAACCUUCAAGAGUAUACUGGAACUGAAGAAAUCUCUAUGGGUGACGGUAAAACUAUUUCUAUUACUCAUAUUGGUUCAACUAUAAUUCAAGCAUCUAAAAUUUCUUUUAAGCUUCCUGACACACUUUGGGAAGUUGUUGCAUCUGACAAGGGCAAUCCAACAGCAACUCAAAGUCCCCUUCUCUCUAUUCCAUCACUUAUUCCACUCCCUGUAGAGUCCAACUCUAACACUACCACCUCUUCCCUAAAUGAUGUCCACUCCAACAACAACGACCAAGUACCAGCAGCUGCAGAAACAUCAUGUAAUUUGUAUAUCUCAUCUCUUUCUUUUUCACAACUUCCUCUGCCUCCUUCUUCCCAUGAAAUUUCUCCACAUAAACCAUUGCUUACAUAUCAGCGACGCAAAAACACAAGUAGAAACUUGCCCACUCCUCCACCCCUACCAUCCUAUCCGAGUUUCAAUCCCUCAAACAAAGCAGUUGAUCUCUUUCCUGCUAUACCUGCUGAUCCGAUUUCCCCACCGCCUUUAAACCAAAUUGUCACUAGGUCCUAG